CAUUCAUAAAAAGUGCUGCUGAAUGCUGAUGAUAUACAGAUUAUCGAGGGAGUGAGAAGUUAUGGGAAGUGAUGAUGAUGCUGAUCAUAUUGAGAGUGUCACGUGCAAUGAGACGAUAAACAAACAAGAGAAUAUGAAGCAGCUCUUCCAAAUGUGCAUGGAAGGCAGAUGGAAGGAAGUGGUUGAGAUCUACAAGAUCGACAAGAGAGUUCACACGGCAACGAUGACCAGAGGAGGUGACAGCGCGUUACACCUGGCGGUCACCGACGGCCAAGAGGAGGUGGUUUCACAGCUUGUGGAUCUGAUUCUGGAAGACGAGAGGAGUAAGGGAGAGGCUCUGAGGAUGCAGAACAAGAGGGAGAACACGGCAUUGCACCUUGCAGCUUCCGUGGGGACUAUCAGCAUGGUUCGGGUCAUUGCUGAUGCUGAUCCUGAGCUGGUGAGUUUUCGAAACGUUGAUGGCGAGACCCCUCUCUUCCUUGCUGCUUUCCAUGGAAGAAAAGAGGCUUUCAUGAUCCUUCAUUAUAUGCUCCACAAGGAACCAGGGACUCCCAUUAACUACUCUAACUGCAGAAGAAGUAGUGGUGACACCAUUCUUCAUUCUACCAUUGCUGCCGAAAAUUUUGAAUUAGCACUGAUAAUAAUUCACCUUUAUGAAGAUCUUGGAAAUUGGAAGAAUGAAGUUGGAGCCACUCCUCUCCAUAUACUUGCCUCUAAUUCUUCUGUUUUCAAAAGUGGUAGUAGAUUUGGCCUAAUAGAAAAAUUAAUUUAUCAAGGUAUAACCGUAAGGAAACUCGAAGUAGAUGAAAGUGAUUAUCUGCCUCCCUAUGAAACGAUUGACAAUGGCAAAACUAAAUAUCCAAAAAAUUAUCAGUCAUGCAUGGAUUUUAUGAAACUGAUGAAAAAUAGAGUCUCAUCCGGUAUGCAAAUUAAAAGGAAUCGUACCCUCCUCUCGCUCUCUCUCUCUCUCUCUCUUGGAAAACAUGAGUACUAG